ACAGUUAAACCUGUCAUUUCAAUAUUUGAACGCUAACAAUGGGUAAACUUUAAUGACAAAAAAAACGUUAUUUUGUCCUUAAAUAAGAAGAUUAAUAACGUACUUGAAAGAAAUCUAUAAUGGCUCAUUUAAUGAACGUGUGGAUCUUAAAAAGCAUUGUAGUGGUGCAUUUCGCUACUGCUCUCAGAGUUCUGCCUCACCCCAGUAGGUUGAAUGAACAACCUCAGGCAUCAAAUGCUCCAUCAGAUGUACGUAGAACUAAUAUGAUUGAAAAACUGUUAUUAGAAACUUUCAAUCAAGAUAAGAAGAAGGCGGUAGAGCAUGCUAAGCCACAAAGCAUUCGACCACCGGAAACAGUUAGACAGGCUGCGAUUUCGUCGCAUGUGUUAGCAAAACAGCAGGUGGAAGAACAGGAACUGGAUAAAGUGGCGCGGCAUAACCCAAAAUCUGAACUGUUGGGGAAACCGUACGUAGAAACGAAAGGAAGAAAUGAUUACCUCGUUAUUCAAAGCCACAGUCUGGAUCCAUUCGUUACAGUAAUACCGAACAGCAUAUAUUAUGACGUAGAAAAAAAAUGCGUCAAUUGGUUAGACGCUUGUAGUCUAAAAGGCAUCAGAGAGCACUUAUUACAAAGAGUUCAAGACGCAUCUGCACAAUGAUGUAAAUAAUCGCAAAACAUAAUUCUUUAUCAAGAAUGAACAUCUACAUUACAUUCAGUUG